ACGGUUUUAAAUCGAUUAGUGCGAGCUCGCGUUCAAAAAAUGCCGCGUAAAAGAGAUUCGGAAAAAAGUGUCAAAAAGCGGGAAUUAAGUGAUAUUUUGGAGGAAUUAGACGGGAUGAGGAAAAGAUUGAAAGAGGCUCUCUCCUCACCUACCCCAAGUUCUUCUGGAGAGGAGGAAGAAAUAGUGUUUGUUAACGUGGGUGACACUAAGACAGAAGAUAAUACCGAUUUUUACAUGAACGACAACGCAGAUGAUGAACCACCUACCUACCUCGAGGAGGAAAAUGGUGAUCCUAUUUUGGAGGAUGAAUUUAAGCCGUUGGGAGCCAAACCUCCUAUGGAUGAUGCAAAACUGGGUGCUGAAUUACAUAACGAAAUAGUAAUAAGAUGGCAGUCAUAUUUAGUAAAAGGAGUAAGCUUGGAAGAACGUAAGAAAAUUAUUGAAAAGUACGAUUUUCCGGCAAACUGUCAGCAAUUACUACCUCCAAAAGUCAAUGAAGAAAUUUUGGCCUGCCUUCCUGAUACAACAAACAAACAUGACAGGCUCCUAAAAUCCCUACAAUAUCAGUUGGGGCAUGGAUUAAGUGCAAUAGGAAAAGUAAUGGACCUGUUAUUAAAAGAGAAAAAUACAGAAAACCUGACUUGUUUAGCAGAUGGUGCACAACUUUUCGCAAACGUACAUAAUGCCAUUUCGGUGUUACGCAAACAAAAGAUUGCACCAUUUUUAAAUUCUGAGGCACAAGCCGUGGCCCUAUCCUCUUCCAUUGAUGAUAAACUGUCCACUUGCUCCCAAAGCCUCAACAUCGGGCCUCUCGACCUUUAA